GUCGGGUGCUGGGGAGAUGCGUUCCGGGACUUCUGCAAGGCGACGGGUUCCGGGGGGGGGGGGGGGGGGGGGGGAGGGGAGCGGUCCGGCCCCUUUCCAGGUUGGGCCCACUUCUGAGGGCCGCAGGUGCAGUUGUGUGCGGGGUGCGUACAAUUGCAUCCAGGAAAGGGAGGGGAGAGCAGCCGUUUGUCCAAGUUAGCAACGACAAACAGAGGCAGGCGGAGCUGAAGUUCUGCGGGUUCAAGUGGAUCACGAAGGGGCAAACACUGCCAAACUCCAAUGGGAAUUUUCUCAUGGAGUGCAAAUUGUGCGGCCGGGGGUUUCAUGGCAGUAAGUCGAAGGCCGCACAACACUUCACAAUAAAAGACAACUGUUCUAAAGUCACCGUGGAGCAGCUCGCGGAGAUUUGGAACAAGACAAAUUACUCGUUCGAUCACAGCCACCAUCGGAAGAUCCUCGACUUCCUCAGGUCUCGUGGGUUUCGAGACAAUAAGAAUACUUCGGGGAGGGAGCAGGCGGGGGAGGAGAAGUACGACGAUAGCGAGGACGAGAGGAGGGCGGCCGAGGGGGGAGGUGGUGAUAGUGACAGUGAUUCACAAGACAUCGAGGUGCGGCAAGAGGCGGAGCGCGGCAGGGGUAAGAUGAGGGGGGACAAGGCCGUUGGCGUGGAAAGCACCCCGGACGAGCACGACGACGAUGACGAUGACGAUGACGACGACGAUGAGGGCGCUGAUAUUGGGGCGUCUCUUGAUGGGGGUUUGAUGGCCGCUGUGUUCCUUUCUCCCUUCCCAGUGUGUGAAGUUCCUUGGUUUCAAUGUCGACUUUCAUCUUAAAUUAACAGCAAUUCCUGAAGAAAAGACUCUCAGAAUCUGCAAUCAUAUCCAACUAA